AUGAGAACUCCGGGUUCAGUUUUUGACAGCGGGUCCCUGGAGUCAGAUGAUGACAACGACAGUUUACUGACACAGCCCCCACGGGUGCCUGUGAAAAAGAAGCACAAACACAAACAGCAGAAGGAUGAGAAACAAAGGGAGAAGCAUAAGGAGCUACCAAAGAAGGCCCGGGAGGAUCUGCAGGGUCGAGGGGACCAGCCCUGUGGGGCCAGGGACAGGCCUGAAAGGGAGGACGGGAUUGAGCCCCCAGAGGACAGACCUAGAGCUGGCAAGAAAGCUGCCGAAUUGCAACUCUCACCGAACAAGCGUCAAGCAGGGAGUGGCUUGGCUACAGCAAAUUUGACGCCAAAAUCCAGCACAGCCAGCGGUGCAAGAUCCGCCAAAACACUUAUGCCAUCUUUGGACACCAGUCCUAACACGCAUUCGUCUCAAAAAUCUGUUCUCUUUCUGACUCCUACUGGCUCCAGUAGUAGACCAGCCAAGAAAGUUGAGGCUCAGGCUAUUUCACAGACAGAAAAUAUAAAGAAACCUGAAAAGCGUGGAAUUGCCUCGUCUGCUAGUUCCCAAUCUGAUUCGUCUCCAGAGAAAUGUGUUGCCAAGGCAACCAGGGUGGCCUCAAUGAAGGCUGCAUGCUCUAAAGGCGCAAGUCUCAACUCCCUGAAUAAUCGCCAAAAAGUUGCCACCAAGUCAGCACCCGUGGAACGCAUGACUUUGCCCUCAAAACCCUCGUCCCAGACUGAUGAUGAUGAUGAGGAGAGCAUUGUCCGUAAAGCACGACCGUCACGCAGCAGUGAUAAUGGUGAGGAACUGCUCGUCUUGUACAGUGAUGAAUACGCCGAAAGACUUGGCUUCAUUAGAGACAACAACUUGCUCUUCAGGCCAAAAUAUGUCAACGGAGAAGUCUAUUACCUGUGUGUGUACUGCAAUACAGCUUUCACAACUGCAGUCCCCUGUGUACGUCAUUUAAGGAAAAUGCAUGGCGGUAAUAAACUGACAUCGUAUGAUCUGCAAGUUCUGGAUCAGUGGCUGCGAGAAAAUGAUGAUGAAUACCUAAAACAGUAUUCAAAGCAUUUAAAUCACAGACCAAGUAACAAAAAUCACAAUAAUAUUCCAAACGGGAAACAUGAUGAUAAAAUUGAUGUUUUAAAUGGCAAUUGUACCAUAAAACUAUCCAGUGCAAUGCCACAAAAGAAAAACAUUGAAAUUACUGGUGAAAAGAAGUACAAGUGUGAGUUAUGUGGUUAUGCAAGUAACCAUAGUAAUCACUUGAAGAGACACAAGAGGAUACAUACAGGAGAAAGACAGUACAAGUGUGAGGUGUGUGGUUAUACAUGUAAUCGGAAUGAUAACUUGAAGACACACAUGAUGAAGCAUACAGGAGAAAGACUGUACAUGUGUGAGUUGUGUGGUUAUGCAAGUAACCAUAGCAAUCACUUGAAAAGACACAAGAGGAUACAUACAGGAGAAAGACUGUACAAGUGUGAGGUGUGUGGCAAAGAAUACACCUGGAGUAGUUAUUUGAAAGAACACAAAAAUAAACAUUCACAAGAAGAACAAGUUGAAAACAAAUAAAAGUAAAAUGUUUAUGAUUUUGUUUUAGCUCACCUGAUUGCUCAGGUGAGCUUUUGUGAUCGGUCUUUGUCAGUCUGUCCGUCCACAUUUGUUCGUAAACACUUUAGAGGCUACAUUUCUUGUCUGAUCUUCAUGAAACUUGGCCAGAAGCUUUACCCAAUGAAAUCUCGGUCGAGUUUGAAACUGGGUCGUGCCGGGUCAAAAACUAGGUCAAAAAAAGAAAAACUUUGUAAACGCUGUAGAAGUCACAUUUCAUGCCCAAUCUUCAUGUAACUUUGUCAAAAUGUUUGUCUUAAUGAUAUCUUGGUUGAAUUCAAAAGUGGUUCUGGUCCGUUGAAAAACAUGGCCGCCAGUGGGUGGGGCAGUUUUCCUGACUUGGCUAUUGAGAAACCUUGUAAACACUCUAGAGGCCACAUUUUUUGUCAGAUCUUCAUGAAACUUGGUCAGAAGCUUUGUCCCAAUGAUAUCUCGGUCGAGUUGGAAACUAGGUCAUGCCGGGUCGAAAACUAGGUCACUAGGUCAGAAAAAGAAAAACCUUACCCAACACCAAUUAUCCAUUUGUGUUUUAAGCACAGCUUUUUGUUUGU